AGGGAGAGGACAUCGGGACGCUCGGGCGCAUUAGGAAGGCUUCCAUCAUCAACGGUCCCGUAUUACUAGCUGGAGAGAGGCUCUUCUGUCCAGAUGAGAGAGUGGACCGAGUUGGACAUGAGUUUUUCGGCAGGGGGCUUUCUCUCCGCCUCGGAUGGUUACUGCUCCACAGAGCCGCUCCAGUACUAUGACAUGCUGGCGGACCCUAUGGGCUACCCCCUGCAGGACCCUGACCUCCAGCUGCUCCCUUACAGCCAACAACAGUACAGCCCUGCCAACCUGCCUUUCUCCCUCUAUGGCUCUCCACCUUCCUCCACCUCCUCUCCCUCCUCUUCCUCUUCCUCCUCACAGCCCUGCCACCUCCCCUACCACUACAGUCAUCAUUGUCUGGAGGCCCCCUGUGACCCCAGCCCGGAGCCCCACUGCAGGGGCCUCGCUCAGGGGCUCGGAGCGGUGGGACUGCCCCUGGGGCGGAGGACGCGGGUGGGGUGUGGAGGGAAGGGCAGAGGCCAGGAGGAGCUGUGUGUGGUGUGUGGAGACAAAGCGUCAGGGUAUCACUACAACGCUCUGACCUGCGAGGGGUGUAAAGGUUUCUUUAGGCGUAGUGUAACCAAAAAGGCGGUGUAUCACUGUAAGAGUGGCGGUGGCUGUGAGAUGGACAUGUACAUGAGGAGGAAGUGCCAAGACUGUCGGCUCAGGAAGUGCCGCGCUGUGGGAAUGCUGGCUGAGUGCCUUCUGACGGAGGUGCAGUGCCAGUCCAAGCGGCUGAGGAAAGGAGGGAAGGGCAGAGGACAGGAGGAAGAGGAGAGCCCAGAGAGCAGGAGGGUCAGCUCCACCAGCAGGCUACCUGGACAGGCUUUGUCUGCCAGUUUAACCCGAGAACAGAAGUACAUUGUGGACCGGUUGGCGGAGGCCCAUCCACUGUACAGAGCACAGGACACCAGCGACUGCAGGUUUGAAUGGCCAUGUACAGAAGAAAUGGAGGGCUUGUCUGAUUUCAUAUCUCCCCACAUGCAAAGACUGCUACAGUUUGCCAGAACAGUGCCAGGUUUUGAUCUCCUGGAUUUUUCGGACCAGAGAUCUCUGUUGUCUGUCUCUUCAUUGGAGGUCAUGUUCCUGCUCUCCGCUCAGCUGUUCUCCCACAACCCAGCAUGCCCCAGUCCAGCCCUGCAGAUUUUUAGUAUGUCAUCACACAACUGGCUGAGAAAUGUAGAGUCAAAGGAAAACUUCCACAGUAGGAUGCUGCCAGUCAACUCAGGAUGCAGUGAGGAUCUCCUCGGGCCCGUUCUCAACUUCUUCCACAGCAUGGCAGCGCUGCGGGUGACGGAGGCUGAGUACUCCCUGCUCACUGCGACAGCUCUGCUCUGCUCAGACCGAGCUUCCCUGCAGGCUGCCAGCUGUGUUGAGAAAAUGCAGGAAAUGAUCCUGGACCUGCUGUCCAGAGUGUGUGGGGCCCAGGCUGGAGCUGCGCGAGGGGGACCACAGCGGUUUGGCCGCCUGCUGGGCAGACUGACGGAGCUACGGACCCUCCGUCACAACUACCUCCUCCUGACGAGACAGCAGCUCAGACAAUAACUGGGAGGACAUGGUGGAACAAGGGAAAAACAGCAACACAAUUGCUGUAAGAGCUGGGCAAUUUUACAAAAACAUUUGGGAAAUUCCAAGGUUUUAUCUGAUAUUGAUAAGUCUGUAUUGGAUUAUAUGGCCUCAACAACAAAUCUUUGACCAUUUGCUCAGCGGACAAUAGUCCAGCUUUCAUUGAAUUGAAGAAAGCUUUUGAUGGGACUGAGAUGUUUGCGGACUGCUAAUUUGUUUGGACAAAUAUAUUUUAUAGGUACUUUUAUAAUUGGUGUAUGCAGCUUACAUGUAAUUGUUAUUCACUAUGCUGUUGUAAAAUAAAACCAAAAGUUUGAGUGAAACCCAGGACUAAAUGGACAAUACUUUCUCCAGACCUGUUGGCUCUUUCAAACAUUAUAAUCAAAAGGUAAGACAAAAUGUAUACUGAAGUAUGUCAGAAAAUGGAAUUGCUGUCGGGAAAAAUAAAUGAAGUCAUUGUGUAUUAUGUUAAUAAAUAUGCAAAAACGUAAUAGCAUAGUUUUUCAAAAAACAUGUCAAAGUAUAGUGCAUCAGAAGAAAAAGAGGAAAUUAAGUGUGUGUUAGGUUGAAAAUUAAAAUGUAAAAAGACGACAUAACAAAGUAUGUCUUAAAUAUCAGAAAAUACCAUAUAGUAUGUUGAAAAUAUUAAAAAAAACAAGAUAGUGUAGUUUGUGAAAACAUUUCAAAAACAAAAACGUAUAGAAUGGCAAAAAUAUCAGUCAUUUAAAAAAAUGUAAUAAAUAAGUAAUGGGAUAGUACGUAUAAUAAUUAUAUAAUAGCUUUUGUCUAGACAUGUCUUUCUUUCAAAACAAUGAAAUGUAUAGGUAUUUUUAUAACUGUUGUACAGAGCUAACUUGCAGUUACAGUACUGUUUGAGAUGUCUGUGUGAAUCAUUGUUUGUAAAGUAUUUACAGUAUUUAAAUAUCUAACAAGUGAUUAUAAUUGAAUAAUGAAAGAGUGUGAACUGAUCCCACGUUUGCUUUUUUUUUUAAAUAAUAAAAAGACUGCAGUUAAGUAUCCCAAAAGGUUUUAAUAGAGCAUUUAUUUCCCAAAUAUGGAAAUACUGUUUUAGACAACAUAUUUGGUGAGCAGGUAAAAUAUGCAGGUAGUACUACAAGCUUAUAAGGUGUAUCUUUCCAUUUGAUAAAAUGGGGCUCUGGACAAUAAAUAGAAUCUUCUGGGGGUCAGUGGUGAAUGAUGGCGGGGGGUCUUGAGUAAAAUCAUCGUUAACAACAAACCAAACAUGAUCUAAUCUGUUAAAAUGUUGACUGCAUUUCUUUAAAAAACUCACUCUGUUGUUUUAAAUAAGAUUUAAUUCUCAAAGUUCAUCAAUAUAUCUUUAUUUCUAUAAUUCUGUCAUCCAUAAAUAAAUUAUUUCUCUCUGUAUCAAAAAGAGAAUUCAGAUUUAAAGAACAAUGGCUCAUUGUGUUGUAUGCUCUCAAUGUACACACAAACACAGCACAAUGACAUGACGUAAAGACGAGCGAAGCACACUGCAGCACGUCAGGAAUUAUUUCAUCUCCGCAAAUAUACGCAGCCUCGCUUUGCCCCUGUGGCUUGAUUGAAAUACGCAUUUU